AUGGAGCGCCCAGUGGAAGAAAUAAAGGUGGUCAUCCAACUGCUUACCCAGUCCUCACCUUCGUUGCAACAAAAAUGCCUCGAGCGAUAUUUCACUGCGGAUGCCUCGUUCUAUCAUCCAUUUUGUUAUGUUCCCAGCUUUGAGGGGAGCCGGUGGUUCGUGCUCAAGAUUUUCCAAUGGUACAAAAUCAUGUCACCGCGGGUUGAAAUGGAAAUACAUUCUGUCGCAUUUGAUGAGCAGAGCCUUAAGCUUUAUGUUCACAUGUCCCAAAUAUUCUCAAUCUGGAUCGUACCCUUCCAUGUCGCACCUGUGACUCUUACGACGGUGCUUGACCUGACACCCGAGUCCAGCCAGAGUCGUCAAGACCAACCCCUGUACUACAUCAAAAGACAGGAGGAUCUGUAUCAGACGUCGGAGUUUAUCAAGUUCCUACUACCCCACGUGGGCCACUGGCUAAUUUCGGCCUGGCAUCUAUUCGCAACCUUCUUCUGUAUCAUCGGUGCUUAUGCUCUUUGGCCAAUGCUCUGGUUAGAGGAAAAUAACUACCUGCCUGGUCGAAUUGCACAAGGUAAUAUAGCCUAUGAUCUUGGUCGGAAUAUUAGGGAUAUUAAGCAGAAGUGA